AUGAACGUCCAAAAUACCAAGGUGGUCAGAAACACCGGAUAUGCUAAGGUGGGUGGAAACACCCAACAUACCAAGGUGGGCAAAGAAGAUCAUUCCUGUCUAUGGCCCAAUGUGUGCCCAGAGAGGGAGAUGACCAUAGUGUCUCACAAACAGCCAGUGGUGGAAGCCUACAGCCGAAUGGUAAAGGUCUGGAAACAAGGAUGUGCCGGGCAGAUGUGGUGCGUUGGGUAUGAGCGGAGAACGGCAUACUACACGACCCACCGCCAGGUGUACAGUCGGGAAUAUCAGACCGUAAAUAAGUGCUGUCCUGGUUGGUCGCAGCUGAACGGGGAAGCGGGUUGCCGUCACUCCGCCUGCAAUGCCGGCAUUUGUUUCAAUGGUGGGAAUUGUGUGGAAGGAUCGUCCCAGCGAUGCCUCUGUCCCUCCGGCUUCCAAGGGCCUCGCUGCCAGUACGAUGUUAAUGAGUGUGAGACCGCAAACGGAGGAUGUGAAGUGCAGUGCUGCAAUACCAUCGGAAGUUUCUACUGCAAGUGUCCAGAGGGCCAAACGCUGAAGGAGGAUGGCAAAAGCUGUCAAGAUGUCGACGAGUGCCAGGUCCAUAACGGCGGCUGCCAGCAGCGCUGCGUCAACACCCCGGGGUCGUAUCACUGCGAGUGUAAAGCGGGCUUCCGCCUCCAUGCGGACAGCAGGUCCUGCAUCGCGUUGUACUCCUGCUCCAUCGGAAAUGGCGGCUGUGAACACGACUGCGUACAGAUCACCGUGGCUCAUUACCAGUGCCGCUGCCGGAGCAACUAUCAGCUGAAAGAAGACGGGAAGCACUGCGAACUAUCCAAUCCAUGUUCUUCGCGCAACGGAGGAUGCAUGCACCAGUGUAACAAUAAUGGAGGAGUCGUCAGAUGUUCGUGUCACCCGGGAUAUGUACUGGCAGCCGAUGGCAAGACGUGUGAAGACAUUAAUGAGUGCGUGACGGGGCAGGCCAUGUGUGCGCACAGCUGUCUGAAUACUCGCGGCUCCUUCCAUUGCGGUUGCAGUCCUGGGUACGAGUUAGGAGUUGAUGGAAAGCAGUGCUACAGGAUAGAAAUGGAGAUAAUUAACAGUUGUGAAACAAACAACGGUGGAUGCUCCCAUGAUUGUCUCAGUACAGGUCCCCUUUGUCUGUGUCCCCAAGGCUUGGAUCUGGAUUCUGAUGGGAAAACCUGUAUUGAUGUCGAUGAGUGCACCAACGGCGCCUCCUGCUGUCAGCAGGUGUGCUCCAACUACAUCGGCGGCUAUGAGUGCGUCUGCUAUCCGGGCUAUCGGCUUAACAUUGAUGGAUGCGGCUGUGAUGAUGUGAAUGAAUGUUUAUCGAACAAUGGGGGGUGCAGCCAAGUGUGUGAGAACCUCCCUGGGUCAUCCUCCUGCAGCUGUAAUCCCGGGUAUAGGCUGGACCCUGAUGGCAAAGGAUGUACUGCCUUGCAGGGAACAGGAGGUGGACAGCUUCCUGUGGAAAACUCUCUUCCUCAAGUGACUCUGCUGCGAGAUGAGUUCCCCCAGAUAUUUGAUGAUGAGUACGAUGAGGACGAGGAAGCAGAAGCUCGCGGCGAGCACACAUUGUCUGAAUCAUUCGUUUGCUUUGAAGGCUCGUUUGGUCCAGACUGCACCUUGACGUGUGAUGACUGUCAGAACGGAGGAGCUUGUAACACGGAGAAGGGUGGCUGUGUGUGUGCUGCCGGAUGGACGGGGCUCAUAUGCAAUCAGACUUGCCCAGAAGGCUCGUAUGGCCAGAACUGCAGCCUGACCUGCAAGUGUAAAAACGGAGGGACGUGCGACCCGGUCACGGGAGGGUGCCACUGUCCGCAGGGCGUGAGCGGGGAGUUCUGCGAGGACGGUUGUCCAAAAGGUUAUUAUGGUAAGAGCUGUAAGAAGAAGUGCAACUGUGCCAACAAGGGUCGCUGUCACAAGGUUCACGGGGCUUGUCUGUGCGAGGCCGGCCUCUACGGACGAUACUGUCAUUUAGCUUGUCCAAAAUGGACAUUUGGGUCGGGCUGCUCCAAAGAAUGCACCUGUGUUCAGAGCAACACCCUGGAGUGCAGCAAAAAGGACGGCACGUGCACCUGUAAACCCGGCUACUUUGGGACAUCAUGCCAAACGGAAUGUGACGCAGGAUUUUAUGGCGUCGGCUGCAAGAGUAAAUGCGAGUGCCCAUCUGGAGUGCCCUGCGACCACACGAAUGGGAAGUGUCUGAGGCCGUGUCCACAAGGAUACCAGGGGGACACCUGUGACCAAGAGUGCCCGGCGGGAAAAUACGGACUUAAGUGCCUGCAGAGUUGUCCGUGUGGUGGAGCUCCAUGCAACCAUAUCGAUGGCACGUGCCUAUGCUCACCUGGCAAAGCUGGGUCAGAUUGUUCAGAAGAUUGCCCAGCAGGACUCUGGGGGCUCCGCUGCCGGGAGAUCUGCCCCCACUGCGUGAACGGCGGCAGCUGUAACCCAGCCACGGGGGAGUGCGUCUGUACGCCAGGCUAUAGCGGCAGCCAUUGUGCGGAUAAAUGUCCUUCUGGAUGGUUUGGUCAAGGAUGCCAGUCGAGGUGUUCUUGUCAAGAUGACGGACAGUGUGACCCUGUGAGCGGAAGGUGCGCUUGCCCGCCUGGAUGGACCGGCCAUAACUGUCGGAGAGCUUGUGACAGCGGACACUGGGGAGCGGAUUGUCUCAACAUCUGUAACUGCAGCAACAGCUACUGGGGCUGUAACUCGGUGACGGGAGACUGUAUCUGUGAACCGGGCUACACCGGGAGACACUGCGAUCAGAAGUGUCCUGCUGGCUGGUACGGGUCGGACUGCCGGCACCAGUGCCAGUGUGACAACGGGGCGCAAUGCGACCAUGUCAGCGGAGUCUGUACCUGUGCACCGGGCUGGAGAGGGGCCUAUUGUGAGCUCUCCUGUCCAGAGGGAUUCUACGGCACGGAUUGCACCAACAGCUGCAAGUGUGCCAAUGGUGGUAGCUGUGACCACGUUACUGGGACCUGCAUCUGUCUACAAGGCUGGAUUGGUUCUACCUGCAGCCAAAAGUGCCCAGAGGACAGAUAUGGAACUGAUUGCAAAGAGGAGUGCCAGUGUUUUAAUGGUGCCCGAUGUGACCAUGUCAGUGGGGAGUGUAUCUGUGCCGCGGGGUGGACUGGAGCACUCUGCCAGGAAGCCUGCCCAGAUGGUUUUUAUGGAGAGAACUGCCUUCAGCAAUGCAUCUGCAGGAAUGGCGGAACAUGCGACCACGUCACAGGACACUGCGCUUGUCCCAAAGGCUGGACGGGAUUGGCUUGUGAACAAGAGUGCACUCCGGGGACAUACGGGGACAGCUGCCUGCAGAACUGCACAUGUCAGAAUGGAGGAGUCUGCGAGCGAGAGACGGGGACCUGCGUUUGCCUGGCCGGGUGGGCGGGAGAAUCGUGUCAGCAUGCCUGUCCAGAGGGAACUUUCGGAGAACAGUGCCAGGAGAAAUGCCACUGCCACCACGGCCUGACCUGUCACCACGUCAGUGGCAUUUGUGACUGUCCCCGAGGCUGGAGAGGAAAACACUGCGAUAAACCCUGCCUCCCCGGGUCAUACGGCGAUCACUGCUCCCAGCUCUGCAACUGCCCUCCGGGAACCGCGUGCAAUCACAUCACCGGCCAGUGUGGAUGUCCUCCGGGAUUCACCGGCAACGGUUGUGACCAAACUUGUAUUCCUGGUACCUACGGCUUGAACUGCGCCAAGAUCUGUCAGUGUCCCGGCCAGCAUCAAGACUGCCACCCGGUGACUGGGGAGUGUAUCUGCGCCCCGGGGUACUAUGGACAUACCUGUCAGUUGAAAUGUUCCGGUGGAUUUUAUGGGCGAAACUGUGAGCAUCCAUGCAAAUGCAAGAACGGCGGUCACUGCGAUGCCACCACCGGAGCGUGCCACUGCCCAUCGGGUUACCUGGGAGCAGAUUGUGGAACCGCUUGUCCUGCCGGGCGAUAUGGGAAAGGCUGCGCUCAUGCAUGUCGCUGCGGUCCCAAUGGUGCCUGUGAUCAUGUGACCGGUGACUGCUCCUGCGCUGCUGGAAGAACUGGUCUGCACUGUGAACACGAGUGUGCUAAGGAUCACUUUGGUGGAGACUGCCGGCAGUUGUGCUCCUGCAGGAAUGGAGGUCUGUGUGACCCUGUGAAUGGAUCAUGCCGCUGUGGCUUGGGGUGGAUGGGCCCCACCUGCGAGGAAGAGUGCCCCCCAGGGAAAUACGGCCCCUCCUGUCAGAUGGAGUGUUCCUGCCUUAACAAUGGUACAUGUGAUAGAGUCUCGGGCACCUGUCACUGUACGAAGGGCUACUACGGAAAUGAAUGCCAACACGCUUGCCCACCUGAUUUUCAUGGAGACAACUGCCAGGAAAGGUGCCAGUGUGAAAAUGGAGCAUCAUGUGACCCUGCAACCGGCAUCUGCCAGUGCCCGUCCGGUUUCUAUGGUGAAGAAUGUGAGAGAGUUUGUGAGACGGGGACAUUUGGAGAAAACUGCGAGAAGCUCUGCCAGUGCGAAGGGAAUGGACCGUGUGACCCAGGGAGCGGAGCCUGCGUAUGUCCUCCGGGGAAGACAGGAUCAACCUGUGACAUAGACUGCAGAAUGAACUAUUAUGGACCCAACUGCAGCCUGAGCUGUGAGUGCGGCUGGAAUUCACAAUGUAACUCUCUGACCGGAGGCUGCAUCUGUCUGCGGGGAUUUAUAGGACACAACUGCCGAGAAGGUGGCCCGCCACAGCUUAUGUCGGAGCAACUCCAAGCACUUCUAAAUGCACCACCGCGAACGCCACAUCAGUCCGCCGUUAGAUAUCUAAUACAUUCAAGCAAGCAAAAGCCAUAGACCAUUAUUUUUUCUUAGGAAUACAAUUCAUGACAAGCCACUGUACCACGAUUUGACCUUUAAGGAAACAAAUGACUAAGAACUUCUUUUCAAAAGGAUGCAAAGAAGGAGAGAUGACUUGUGUUUAGUUGAACUUGAAGGUCCGAGUUUGAAUGACCAGAUGGGACAUCCCAAACUCCUUCUUGAGUCGCGAUCAAUGACACGAACCGGAUUUCAGUGCUUGAU